AUGUUUCGAGUCGAGCUGCCGCUAUCAGCCCUCAUCGGCGACAUCUCGCUAAUCCAAAGAGAGCUGGGUAGCCCUCUCUGUGCCACUGCCACUGUCGUUGGUACAUCCUCUGUCGGCUUGGCCUUUGGACGAGAGGCCCCCUUCGACUCGUCGCACCUCAAUAAGAAGAAGGCGACACCGGCAUUCGAGCCGGGUCUUAAUCCAAUGUCUACUGCUGCCAUGACCACGACUGCGCCUUCCUACAGUGCCCCCAUACCCGUCGCCCCUUCCUCGCGCAUGUCAUUUGCGAGUCGACUCAGCCAGGAAGGCCGUUCCCAGUUGCGAAUCGUAAGGAGGAAGACGAGCGACGAUGCGGCGCUGCAAUUGCCGAGCAGCGCAAACAACUACCCUUCGAGCGAGCAGAGUGUGUCUGACGUGGACACGACAAGAUACGUGCCUACGCGACGAGCCUCGUGGAUCAAGCGCCUCUCGUCUAUUUCCAACUCAUCGAGCCGGGCUACGAGCCCAUCUCCACUGUCACCAGCCGUCUCAUGUUCCAAUGGCUCAAUGGCCUUCUCGCACGACGGCUCGACCGUGCCCGUAAUCGACAAACGCUCUACGUCAGCAGUACCGCGCAACAAGCUGGUCAAGCGCGCCUCGUCAGUGCGCGGGCCCCGUGAAGCGCCUGUCUUGGGCUCUGCGACUCUCCGACCGUCCUUCCGUCGUCCAGCGACCAGCCACCAACGCAACGCAACACUGCAAAACUACGGUGCGCGCCUAUCCAUGACGGCCGAGCAUACUUCAACAGACGAACAACAGACCUCAGCGAGCACCGACAGUGAGGUCGAAUACACACAGUUUUUCACAGCGAGGAUCACCAAGGAACGGACACUGGCGAGGCGGCGUGGUUCAGUGGCAUAUGCAAAUGGGUUCAAGAGGAUAUUUCCAGACGAGAAGCACAAGCCUAUGCUCGUGCUCGCAAGAUCGGUCGUAGCAGGCGUAGAGGAUAUGGACGACUCGACAAGCGACGAUGCCGAAAGCGUCUUCUUCGUGAGUCGACCAGAGACGCCACUUAGCAUGGCGGCCACGUUUGCUACCAAAGUAACAAACCAAACUCGCGGUCGGCCCUCCACAUCACAACCCGAGAAUGCCCCCAGACCUAAACGCUCCUUCUCCAUCACCUCCUUCCUCUCAUCCAGGAAGGAGCGAACUGUCGCAGUGCCCGGACCCAAACUUUCCCGCCGUGCAACCCAGCGGGUCAACUCAGCACCGAUUCUGCCUACUAUGAGCAGACGGCCACACAGCACCUCAUAUGGAGAAAGUCGACGAGAUGUGACAGACCCAACACCAGCAAGACGCGACAUCGCCACGUCCGCUGGGCCCACUGACACAGCACCUGCCCGCAAUGUUUCUCGGAGCAGGCCUGUCUCGUCGCCCUUGUUCCCUACCUUCCCCUCGACUGAUCCCGUUGCUGGCGCGGCCUUGGCGUCAAUGCCCCAGCAGCCCGAUGUUUUGGCCUCAGCCGCACCGGGCGCCAAUCAAGCGCCACCAUCCCCUACUCUAGCGCAAUCGGGAGUUCGGGCCUCGCGUCAUUCCAUGGCCCCCUCAGAACAGGCCUCGACAUUGGUCGGCUCGUCUGAUAAUGAACUUCGCGCCUUAGGGUCCGGCGACGAGGACGACGCUGACGUCCAGAGCGAGACCGUCUUUGAUUCGCUGCGCACGGGUGCGACCAGAGGCUCAACCGUCGGCGCGCGUGGGCCUCGCAUUGAGACUAUAUUCGACGAGUCGCCCCCCUCCAAGGUCAAGAUUACAGCCCUACGAGAUCUACUGCCGCCCGGAUCGUUUGGAGAACCAAUGGUCAAUGGUGUCGCCGGCCACCAGAGCAUCGCCGAGGAAGAGGAGAGCAUAUCGACUCCCGUGCGGACAGUGCGCCCCCAACGCUCCUUGCAGGACUCGCCUAGUGUCACUCGAACACACAGUGCGCCGCUCUUCCCCAAGGCGAUACCGUCGUCUUCCCCGAGCAUGCCCAAGCCGCUUUCGCUUGGCACGCUGGAAUGGGACUCGCGCGCAGGAGACGACGACGACAGUAGUAGGUGGUCACUAGAAGAGGCAGAUGAUGAGGAUCCCUGGGUUGAUCAUCCAACAGUCAACCACAAGGCCAACCCUGUGGCUCUUUUGCGACAGCACACGCAUCUACUCGCACCGGGCUUCACUACCAACCCAAAUACGCCACAACAUUCCACAUCAGAGUUUGGUGACAAGGACGCACGCAGCAGCAUCUUCGAUUGGUCUGAACAGCAAAUUGCAGACAAGAAUUCAGGAGACCGCACACCGCCGCGUCCCCGUACAGUGCACGGAAAGAAGGAUGCAGACCGCAGAGGCAGUCGAUCUGUUGGUCGGCGAGUACCUAGCGGGUUGCACGCUCGCAGCCAGAGUGUGCCCGUGGUCCCGGAUCUGACUGGCAAACGUAACACAGUAGUUACAAACAAGUUUGGCACCUGGGGUGUGGGAAGCAAGGGUGUCACCGAAGACUGGAACGACGACUUUGACUUUUCCGAACUCACCGAGGAGCCUGUUGCUGAGGACGGAAGCUCUCCUGGACUGGACAGUAGCUCAGCAAUGAUCGUGCCGAAGAGCAUACAAGAGCAACAGAACAAUGUUCUUGCAAACAUCAGUCUCUUGCGCGAAUGGGGUCUGUUAAUCGAAGAACUAAAAGAGCAAAGAGUACGCGCUGUUGCGCUUGGUAUGAUACAAGGCACACCCUCCGGCAUGUGGCUUGAAGUGGAUGCAAUGAUUGAGCUUGCAGAUCAGGAGGCCGAUCAUCAGGAUGUUGCUCACGACUCACCACCAUCAUCGCCUGAUUUCGACGAAGACGCCUUUGAAGACCCAUCUGCAAGCCCUAGCCAUGGAAGAAGAAGGCGCAAAUCAUCUUCUCCUCAUGAGGAUAGCACCAAGAACCCGCCCCAAUCGGCGCGCCCGCUGCGGAAGUCUAUCCUUCCUUCGAGCAAUGGAAUCUUUACCCCGCAGUCUUCACCGAUACCAGCUAAAUCGGAGGCUGACGCCACCCCCGCUACCCAGGAGUCGAAGACCAUCGCUACGAGACCCCGCAAAGACUCAGAAGCCAAAGCGCGCUCCGUCAUUGAAGCGCUGCAAAAGAGGAGGAGCGCGUAUGAACCGUUCCUAGACGCGCCUCCCAUACCUUCGACCCCUUCGAAGAAAGUCCCUUUCGAUACCUCGACACUGCGACGUAUCGUGCCAUAUGUCAGCACGUUGACGCGCAAGGUCAAAGACACAAUCAGGGAUGCAGAGGGCUUAUACUCCAGCCCUCUUACGAGCCCCCUACACGAGGAGCCACCAUUUGGCACGAUCCAUCAACAAGAGGCGGAUCUUGCGGCUCAGAUGAAGCUCAUGACAGUAAUGUAG